CAAUGCAUGCAACUGAUGAGAUGUGGAGGUUUUACGUUGGCUAUAUAUGUGUUUAAUAUCUAAGCAUGUUUACUGACAUGCAUAUACAAACGAGUACUCUGCUUCCCAUUUAGCUAUCUACAAGCCCUAAUAUUUGUGAUCAUAGAUAUGAUCAUGAGUACUCUUUUCUUGCAUUGGCUACUAUCCUCAACUGCCUUGUUCAGCUUGAGGCUAUUAUUAUGUGAUGGGAUUAAUAUUCCAAAUGAUGUUGUUUGCAGUGAAGAGGAGAAAAGAGCCCUUCUAAGCUUCAAACGAGGUCUCACUGAUCCUUCAAACCGGCUAUCCUCUUGGUCAGUCGACCAAGAAAACUGUUGUAGAUGGACGGGAGUCCGCUGCAACAAUGUAACGGGUCAAGUCGUCGAGCUGCACCUCGGCAAUCCGUAUGGAGACUAUUCCAACGACUUUGAAUCUUACAUGACACACCAGUUGGGUGGGAAGAUUACUCCCUCUUUGCUCGAGUUACAAAGUCUGAGUUACUUGGACUUGAGCUGGAACAAUUUCACUGGUGCUAGUGUUCCAAGUUUCUUAGGUUCUGUCGGAAGUUUGAGAUACCUCAACCUCUCAUAUGCUUUUUUUGAGCGGUCUAUUCUUCAUCACCUUGGGAACCUCUCAGGCCUUCGCGUUCUGGAUCUAAGCUUUAAUUAUCAAUUUCAUGUUGAUAAGCUUAGUUGGAUCUCUCAUCUUCAUGACUUGGAAUAUCUUGACAUGAGUGGGAUCGACCUUCACAACGCAACUGAUUGGCAUCCAGCGGUGAGCGUGCUUCCUUCCUUUUCAGAGCUACUUCUGUCCAGUUGCGGACUUGAAGGGCUGAUUUCUCAUCAGCUUGGCAAUCUCUCGAGCCUUCGUCAUCUUGACCUGAGUGAUAAUUUUGAUCUUUAUGUUGAUGACCUUAGUUGGAUAGCUCGUCUUCGUUCCUUGGAAUCCCUUAACAUGAGAUCUGUUGACCUUCACAUGGCAGUCGAUUGGCUUCAAGCGGUGAGCAUGCUUCCUUCCCUUUCAGAACUAUAUUUCUCGAGCUGCCAGCUUGUGAAAAUCAUCCCCCCUCUUUCUUAUGAUAAUUUUACGUCUCUAAAAGUCCUUCACCUUUCUGGGAACAAUUUCAGGUCCAAGAUACCAGACCUGUUGUUUAAUCUCACAACUAGCCUUCUUUCUCUUGACCUAUCCUACAAUUUCCUAUAUGGUCAUAUACCUAGCAUCAUUUCAAAUCUUCGGUUGUUGAGCAAUUUAGAGUUGGAAUAUAAUCAUCUAAUCACAGGGCGAAUCCCAAAUGAGAUUGGCCAAUUGAAGCAUCUUGAAUGUCUCUCACUUAGUGGGAACUCAUUGUAUGGUCCCAUUCCAACAUCAGUCGGAAACUUAUCGUCUUUGAGAAUAUUAGAACUUUUUGAGAAUCAACUGAAUGGCACUUUGCCAAAGAGUGUCGCGUUUCUCUCAAAUCUUGAGGAAUUAAACGUGCAUCAUAAUUCCUUAGCAGGCAUUAUUUCCGAAGUGAAUUUUGCUAAACUCUCAAAAUUGAAGAUAUUGUAUAUGUCUUCAAACUCUCUCUUCUUUGAGGUGAGCUCCAAUUGGGUUCCUCCUUUUCAACUUCACGAGCUUCUGAUGAGGUCCUGCAAGAUAGGUCCAGGGUUUCCUGCAUGGCUGCAAACACAAACAUCUUUCUAUGCAUUAGACAUUUCUCAGUCCGGAAUUUCAGGCAAAGCUCCAGAAUGGUUCUGGAAGUGGGUGUCAGGUUUUGAAUAUAUCAAUCUCUCCGACAACCAGAUAAAUGGAGACAUAUCGAACGUUUUGCUGAAUUCUAGUUUUAUCGAAAUGAGUUCUAAUCGUUUUGGGAGUCAGUUACCACGUUUGUCUCCACAUGUUGAAAUGUUGAAUCUUGCUAACAGUUCUAUCUUUGGACCCAUUUGCCCAGUCUUGUGCCAAGAGAUUACUCGAGAAAGUAAGUUGAGGGUUCUUGAUCUAUCAAAUAAUUUACUAUCCGGAGGAAUUUCUUGCUGCUGGAUGCAUUUCCCAUACUUGGUCCAUGUAAAUUUGGGGCGGAACAACCUGUCAGGUACCCAACUUCAGAGUUUUAAUGCAACUAGUUACAUUGGCAAUGCCGACCUCUGUGGAGCACCACUCAACAAAAAUUGUUUAAGAGAAGAAGAAUCUCAAGGUCAAGGUGUGACACCAGUGGAGAAAGAGGAAGAUGAGCAUGAAAUGUUAUGGUUUUAUAUUGGCAUGGGUCCUGGAUUUGCCGUUGGAUUUUGGGUUGUUUGUGGUACUCUUUUCUUCAAAAGGACAUGGAGACAUGCUUAUUUUCAAUUUGUUGAUGACAUGAAAGAUCGGAUCUACUUGACUAUACUCCUAAAAGUGAAUUGGCUCCGUAGGAAGUUUAAGAGACGUAGUGGCACAUGAAUAUUCUUGCCAUCAUCUUCUACAAGAUAUUGAGUCCAGCAUUUCGUUUUUUUGAAGGUUUUUUUUCCCCAUGUACUUGCUAUUAUGUUUUCGUUGUUUAUAUAUGUAAUAAUAUAUUAUGCAUUUUGUAGUC